GAACCGCCGAGCCACGCGCACUAAUGUACUUUCUGUAAUGGGUACAUUCGAUCCUAGUCGGUGAAAGGGUAGCUGAAGUAGCUCUGCGGCAUCGAAUGAUUGUGUUGCAGCAUCCAUGAUGUCUUCACUUAUCACCCUAUCAUUGUGCCAUGCGUUUAGAAGUGCACGAAGUGAUUCUUUGCCUUGGUAUACAGCCCCCAGAAAUGCUUGUUCAGUAAUCGGAGCAUGUGGAUAUCUAUUCAGGACCAGCUCCAAACUGCGGAAAUCGAAUGCGAGUGUUUCAAUGGUUUGUCCGUCGACCUCGAUAAGCUGUCAAUCCAGAAGAAGUUCAAAAAGCUGAUGCCCAUCCUCACAACCAAAUGGAAUAUUGUCAAGUAUCAUCACAAUAGGCAAUCUAUCAUGAAAUUUGUCGAGGAUCAGUGACAUUUUCUCAGGACUGUAUAGUAAUCCCUCUUUCAAGACGCUGUGUGGUAUGUUGAGAAGCCUUGAGAAAAUUCCUCCACUGAUAUCAUAGUUUCUUGCAAGUGACAUAUCAUUCGUAAUUGGCAGCGCUUGUUGGUACAGGUCGAGAUACUCCAUUAGAGAAUUAGCCCCGUGGAUGCUCCGUGC